GUCAAUGCUUGUAGCUCCUCCUUUCAUCAGUGUGUGAUUAAUAUAGGAGGGGAUCACCUCGCUCCUCCACACAUCUUAGGCAGCAUCCUAGCUUUCUGCUAAGCAGCAGCACUCAGGAGGCCAGUAUGAGGCCUGGGGCUCAGCUGCUACAGUAGUGUGAUAUGAGAAACCGCAUCCCAGAACACAAGCAGCUGCAGUGCUAGCAGCAGACAGCAACUCCCCCAGAGCUCUCCACCAGUUUUAAGCAGCAGACACCCGCAACCACCACCAUACCAAAUGGGUAACCUCCUCAAUGGGGUCAGUUUCAAGGAGCCCACCACUGUAGAGGAAUGUGACUCUACAUGGGACACUGACUCUGGGGGUGAAGAGGAAUUGGAGGAAGAGGAGGAAGACGAUGGACAGGUGGAGAUCACAGAAAGCCAACCAGGGGACAGUUGUGAGAGGGAGAAAGAUGCUGAAGAUCUGGGAGAUGCAGCAGAGGUGACAGCCAGUGAAAAAUCAGAGGAUAAACAGAUUUCUGAAACUGAGCAGGAUCCUGAUCUUCAGCUCACUCUAAAGGUUGAUGCCUCCGAGAUAGGAGCUGGUGCAGUCAACCCAAAGGGACCCUAUAACUUCCAAGUUGCACCCUGUAGCCUUUUUUCCAAACGGUUUACUCCUGCGGAGAGGAAUUAUGAUGUGGCCGCUCAUGCGAAAUCGGUGGAGCACUGUAAGAAGAGAUUCUCAGACAUCAACAGAAUCUUGAAGGCCAAGCUGGCCAGGGAGAAACAGUCUGCAUGUACUACAGGCGGUGGCGUGCCGUAUACAGCAGAGUUGUUUUCAUACAAGACUCAGCUGAUGGAGAAGCUGAGGGCAAAUAUGACGCUCGGUCUGGAUUUGGUUGGGCAUGAUACUGACGAGGUGGCAGCAUCUACCAGUGCUGCUGCAGUGCUCCUUCGAAACAUCACUGCUUACACUACUAUUCUUCUACCUAACGGGCUCAUCUACAGAGUCAUAUUACAGAGCAAUAUGGAAUGUGCUACUGGUAUUUUGGGGAAGCUGAGCUAUCUGCUUGCGGAUCAUCAUGCCACUCUUGAAGCCACGUUGCAUAUGGCACUCCAACCUAUGGAUGUUUAUAACCCCCAAACUCGAUCUGAACCUAUUCUAAUGGAUUGUGAGGGUGGAAGUGCUCUGGGGCCCCAGUGCUUACUAGCCUCUCUGAACAGUAGUGACAAAGAAUCGGAACGUGCUACUAUGCUGAUCACAAUAGAAGAUGGGGAAAUGAUGAAUACGUACACAAGUGCUGCUGAACACAAACAUACCUCUGCAUGGAUCGAUGACAACGACAUUGCUGCAACCGACCAGCCUUUUCAAAAUUUAGAUUACUCACGCUGCUAUACCCUAGAAUAUAUUCUCUUGACGAUCUCUGGGCUGAGGCCCUUCCACUUUAUGGGUAGUCGUGUUAUGUGGAAUAGAGACCUUGAAUUUCACACUGAACUAGUGAUAACUGACAGCAGCACAGCCGAGAAUAACAUGAAACCAAAGAGAAGCUUUUAUGCUGCAAGAGAUUUGUUCAAGUAUCGACAUCAAUACCCACAGAACAUUAAGGAUCUUCGCUAUCAAAACGACUUGUGCAAUCUCAGAUUUUAUAUGAACAAGAUUCCUUUUAAACCUGAUGGUGUUUCUAUUGAAGACAUUUUAAAUAAAUGGAAGGGUGAUUAUGAUAAACUUGAACAUAAUCACACGUACAUACAAUGGCUUUUCCCACUAAGAGAGCAAGGAUUGAAUUUCUAUGCUAAAGAACUGACUUCUAGUGAAAUUGAGGAAUUCAAAAAGACAAAGGAAGCAGUUAAAAGAUUUGUUUCAGCAUACAAGAUGAUGUUGGAUUUUUUUGGAAUAAAAUUGAUUGACAAGAGUGGGAAUGUUUCUAGAGCAGCAAACUGGGAAGAGAGAUUUCAGCACUUGAAUGAAUCUCAGCACAACUAUUUAAGAAUCACACGUAUAUUGAAAAGUCUGGGGGAACUUGGUUAUGAGAAUUUUAAAUUUCCACUAGUAAAAAUUCUCCUUGAAGAAUCUGUGGUUAAAAAUACUAUCCCAAACAUGAAACAAAGUGCUUUGGAGUAUUUUGUGUACACUAUUAGAGAUAGAAGGACAAGGAGAAAACUUUUGCGUUUCGCCAAUCGACAUUACCAACCUGCUGAACACUUUAUUUGGGGUCCACCAAAAAAACUAAAUACUGAUGAAUCUAAAGUAGGUAGAAAGACCACACCUGCUAACAGAUGUCACAAAAAACAUUCCAGCAUAGAAAAAAAAUCAAAGGAAACCAAAUCGUCACCUGCAACUGAAAGGACAGAGAAUCAGCUUCCUAUUGAAAACAGAACAGAAACUCUCCCAGAGGACGUUGUGGCAAAAAAAGAAAGAUGUGAAAGCAAUGCUUGCAGUGACUCAGAAAGCAGCGAUGGGAAAUGUAAAACUGAUGUGUCUAAGUCAGAGGCAUCCAGCCCUCAUGUUGAGGAUAAACAACAUUUAUCAUUAACACCAGAAAAUGAUGCAGGACACCAAUCUGAAAAGCUUGGGAAAUCUGGUGAAAUUGUAAUAGUGGAAUCUUCUGAUGAGGAAAGCAAAGAUUGUUUGUGCAGUUUAUCACCGGUUACACCAAACACUGUUGAUUCAACUGCAUCUUCAGGAGAAACCGUAGAACCUGAGAGUGAACCUAAAGAUGGAGCCAAAUGUUAAGCCAUGGACUUUAGUUUAAUAGUAUUUUAAUGCCAUUUGAGAUGGUUGUUAAAAAUCUGGUUUCAAUGUAAAAAUAAAAAUGCCCAACAUAG